ACGUAAAACUGUCAACGUCAAUCAUGCAAAAGAGCUGCCAGCUCGCGAGUGAGAGUCAUUCACCGUCCGUCUCAUUCAUUUCAUUGAUGUGAUCAUUGAGUAAAUAACGUAAUAUCAAGGCACCGUUUAUAUUAAAAUAGUAAUUUUGAAGUACUUUGUGUUUACGUGUAAAUUUUGAACAUGGAGGAAUUUGUGGAAGUUAAUCAAAUAUCGGAUUUUAUAUCAUAUCUCCGCAGUAUUGAAUGGCGCGACCCAUGGUUAAUAGCGUUGAUAUCGUUCCACAUCAUUAUUACCUUCACAUGCUUCUCAACUAGGAACUAUGGAAACUUUCAAGUGAUAUUGUUCAUAAUAUUAUUGUUGCUAGUAUAUUUCUCGGAGAACAUCAACGAGGUUGCUGCGCGAAACUGGACCUUGUUCUCUAGGCAGCAGUACUUCGAUAGUAAAGGAUUGUUUAUAUCAGUCGUGUUCUCCAUCCCUAUACUGCUAAACUGCAUGAUAAUGGUGGGCUCCUGGCUAUACCAAUCUACGCAGAUCAUGACAAACCUAAAGAAGGCACAGCUAAGACAACGCUUGAAAGAAAUGAACAUGAACAGGGAACAACGACAGCACGUGAAGGCAGAGUAAUCGAUCGAGUCAAUUACCUAGGUAUCGAUAAAUCAAAAUAUUUUUGCUAGCAUUAUGACGGAAUACGAUAAUCUAAUUUUUAGACAGAUGACGCAGUGAUUUUAUUUAUAAUUAACUAUUUUUUAAACGAAUCGGGACUAUGUGCGGCAAACAACAAUCGAGACGGUUAAAUGUAAAUAUUUUAUUGAAAAGUUUUUAAAAUGGCGACUUUAGUUCCAUAGCGCGUGCGUCGUACCUACGUUUUGUUAGUGCUUGAAAUAAAAUUACAUGUUAAAAAUUUAUUAUAUACUUCACGGUUGAAGAAGCACGUAAAGGAUUCAAUUGAAUAUUUCACCUUGAUUAAAAUUAUAAAUCCGCGAUUUUUUUUUUGUUUAGCUUUUCGUAUUCCUCGUACAUUUCCUCUCUAAAAACUCUAUUAAAGUAAUUCCACAAAUAUCCAUUGAUUUAAAGUUGUUACAAGGUCUCGUUAAUAUUUUUAACUAAUUAUUAGUUUUAUUUUGCCUUGCCAUUUGUGAUCUUUUGUGGAAGAUAAUCGUCGCUUAAUUUUGGAAACUGUAAUUACUACUUAUUAGAAAUACUAAGUUAAUUUUUAGUAUUAUUACCUACAUUUGAUGAUAUUAUAUUUCAAUUAACAGAGUUUCGGUCAAAAAUUUAUACGUUUUUGAAAAUUUGAACCAAUUAUGCUUGCCGCUUAAAUAAAAAACAACGCAUAAGAUUUUUGGAAAACAUAAAAAAAUGACAUACUGUCAAAAGGCUAUUCGCCUAUGGCUUGCCAUUAACAAAAUGUCAAAAAUAUUGCUCUAUAGACGAACCUGCUACCAAUACCAACCAUAGAAAACUUAUCGAUGUUUACAUACUUUAUGUGACCAUAUUGAUUGACUGACUGCACGGUUGAUGCGGUGGCUGGGCAACCGGCUGCCGUGCAACGUGUCGCGAGUUCGAUUCCCGCAC